AUGGCAACAAUGUGGCACACACCCCCAGGAAAUGAGCAAUUGCAAACAACUUUAUCAUCAUCUAUUGGCCUUCGAGAUAAAGUUGAUGUUACCCAGCUUGUCUCAUUAAUGCAUGGAUCCACACUAUUAUUCAAGUCCUCCUUCCCCAGUUGUGUUGCUAUUUCACGCAAAGCAUCCACACAAGACGAGUGA